CAUGGCAGACACCCAGGUCUCGCAUCCGACACUGGCCAAUCUGCCGCCGCCCGAGUCCAACCCAGAGACUCCGUCAGAAAUGCCUGGCACGCCCACGAGCACAACGACGUCGCUGUCGGCCCUGUCGACGACCGCCAUCAAAGACGGCCAUCGCGGCCAUCUGCACGGCGGCUUCUUCAGCCGCGGCCACCAGCACAACCCGUCCGCCACGAGCCUCGAGGCCGAGCGCGCCGACCGCAUCUCGCGCCUGGCCGGCCUCGAGCGGGUGUCGACGCUGCGACCGCCGCAGACGCCCACCAGCACCGGCCGCGCCUCGUCCAUGUCGCCCCAGACCACGCCCACGUCGACGGCCGGCUUCCCGCCCAACUAUCCGGCCCCGUUGACCAAGAUGAGCACCGUCGGGACCGCUAGUGCAACCGAGAGCCAUCCCGGUGACAGCGAGGACCGUCGAACGGCUGGCGACGGCGACGAGGACAUGCUGAGCAGCACGGAUACCAACUAUCGCGAGGGCGAGUCCGGCAACCGCUCGACCGGCACCGGCUUUGACGACCGCAUGAGCGACGACGGCUCCGUGUCUCUUGUCGGCUUUGGCGAGGGCGCCGGCAGCACCGUCUCGGGGCCCAUCUACCACCGCCGGCCGGCCCCCGGUACUGCGUUCCAGUGGGGGCUCGAGAGGACCAACUCGGGCUUGAGCGAGGCCAGACGCGAGCGGGAGCGGGAUUCGUACGCUUCGGGGGGCGGAGACACGCCUAUGAGCGCCGCCGCCCUCCAGGAGCGCCAGUACGCCCGCAUGAUGGACGGCGUUGCCAUGGAUGGGCCGCCCACAAAUCCCAUUUCCCCUGACCAGGACGCCUUCGUCGACACGACCUUCCGCGGGCCAGUCCCUGUAGGGCGUCAGCCAUCGAGGGAAACGGCUGAGAGCAUCGUACAGCGCCUGGACAGCGGGGAGUCGAGGGCCGGAGCCUCAGGGAUGGGCAGCCCAGGCAGGGCAGGCGAUAAGCUCGGCAGGUUCUACUUUGAAAGCGACAAACGCGAAGAUUGA